AAUCGAUAAUCGAUAACUAUCGAUAGAUCGAUAAACACACAAAAUGGCCUCACUGGAGGUGAAGCUGGAAACGCUGGAAACGGAGCGGGGCAACACUGAAAAUGAAACGCAAUCGAACGCCGAGCAGGCACAAUCCGCCCAAAGGCAGCGAAGCGGUGGCACAAUAUCCCCCCACCACCACCACCAGGGUGGCGGCGGCAGCAAUCGAAGCUCCCCCACAACGCUGCACACAGAUGAUCGCAGAGGAUCGGAGGAGAGAGGAGCAGCCGGAGCAGGAGCAGCAGCAGCAGCCACAGCAGCAGCAGAGGAAACAGCUGGAGGCGGAGGAUCAUCAUCACCUGUGGCCGGUUCACCCUCAGCCUCGGCCUCGCCCUCGUCCACGCCCUCGUCGCAGCAGUUCUGCCUGAGGUGGAACAACUACCAAUCGAAUCUGACGACGAUCUUCGAUCAGCUGCUGCAAAACGAAUGCUUUGUGGACGUGACGCUCGCCUGCGAUGGCCGCUCAAUGAAGGCCCACAAAAUGGUGCUGUCCGCCUGUUCGCCGUACUUCCAGACACUCCUGGCGGAGACGCCCUGCCAGCAUCCGAUCGUCAUUAUGCGCGACGUCUCCUGGGGCGAUCUCAAGGCCAUUGUGGAGUUCAUGUAUCGGGGCGAGAUCAAUGUCAGCCAGGAUCAGAUUGGUCCGCUGCUGCGGAUCGCCGAAAUGCUAAAGGUACGCGGCCUGGCGGAUGUCACCCACAUGGAGGCAGCCACAGCAGCAGCGGCAGCAGCCGCUUCCGAGGCACGCGACUCGUCCCCCAAGGAGACAACCCACCGCGACACAGUGGAACAGAGGGAGGCAGAGGAGCUGCUGGCCUUCAUGCAACCGGAGAAGAAGCUGCGCGGCGACUGGGACUAUCAUCCCUCGUCCUCGGGCCAGUCUAGUGCCGUCUCCACGGUGGGGGGCAAUCUCGAGCUGCGUCUCUCCCCGCUGGAGCGGCAGCAGGGGAGGAAUGUCCGGAAGCGACGUUGGCCAUCGGCCGACACGAUCUUCAAUCCGCCCGCCAGUCCGCUGAGCAGCCUGAUCGCCGCCGAGCGGUUGGAACUCGAGCAGAAGGAGAGGGAGCGCCAGAGGGACUGCUCCCUGAUGACGCCACCGCCCAAGCCGCAGUUGCAGGGAGCUGGCGGCGGCGUGGGAGGGGGCACACCGAGACGCCUAACUCCCGCCUUGGAGUCGGCCAUCCAUGGCAUGGAUAUGCCCUCGCCGGCGGCCACUCCUGGCCCGCGAUCAUCGCGUGCAUUGGCCCCCAGCCCGCAGCAUCACUCGCAACAGCAGCACCAGCACCAACAGCAGCAGCAGCAGCAUCCGUUGCAUCUGCCACCUGUGCCUCCGCAUCACUCGCACUCCCACUCGCAGCACCUCGGCCUGUCGCCCGUCUCAUCGCAGCAUGGCGGAGGACACUCCGCGGGCGCCUCGCCAGCUGGCGAUUCCCGCUAUCCGCUGGGACCCACCGCCGCUGCAAUGGCCGCUGCCAUGGAAUUGAGUGGCAUGCCACAGCAUGGAGUUGGUCCGCCUGCAGAGCCACGCCUACCGCCGCCACCGCCCCAUCAUCAUGGUGGCGGAUCACAGGCAGGAGGAGGAGGAUCGGGUGGCGGCCCUUCGGGAUCUUCGCUGGCCGAUGACAUGGAAAUCAAACCGGGAAUAGCGGAAAUGAUACGCGAAGAAGAGAGGGCCAAAAUGAUGGAGAAUUCGCAUGCCUGGAUGGGGGCCACCGCUGGCUCCACACUGGCAGCAGACAGCUACCAGUACCAGCUGCAGUCGAUGUGGCAAAAGUGCUGGAACACCAAUCAGAAUCUGAUGCAUCACAUGCGCUUCCGGGAGCGUGGACCCCUCAAGUCGUGGCGACCCGAAACGAUGGCCGAGGCCAUUUUCAGUGUACUCAAGGAGGGGCUCUCCCUAUCGCAGGCGGCCCGCAAGUACGACAUACCCUAUCCGACAUUCGUGCUGUAUGCGAAUCGGGUGCACAAUAUGCUGGGACCCUCCAUCGAUGGCGGACCCGAUCUGCGGCCCAAGGGACGUGGCCGGCCGCAGCGUAUCCUUCUGGGCAUUUGGCCGGAUGAGCACAUCAAGGGGGUGAUCAAGACGGUGGUUUUUCGCGAUGCCAAGGACAUGAAAGACGACAGCCUAGGCGGCCACAUGCCGCCCUACGGUCGUCACUCGCAGGACAUGACGCUCAGCUAUCCAGGCGCUAGUGGCGGCAUUCCAGGGCCAGGAGCUGCUAGCCUCAGCGCUCUGGCCUGUCCCAAUGGCAUGGGCAGCGGUGGAGGCGGAGUCCCAGGACCCGGAGGAGGAGUCGGUGUCGGUGUCGGAGUCGGCGUGGGUCCAGGCGUCGAUCAGCACAUGUCGCAGGAAACAGCAGCCGCCGUUGCCGCCGUGGCGCACAACAUACGACAGCAGAUGCAGAUGGCCGCCGCCGUGCAGCAUCAGCACGGGGAGGCGGGGCCGCCGGUGGUGCCACCACCCGGACUGUUUAACCUGCCGCCACAUCUGGCCAGUGGGCCACCCGGCAGCAGGGGCAGCAUUUCCCCGGCGUUAAGCAGCGGUUCAGGGCCGCGACACGCUCCCUCGCCGUGCGGCCCCGCCGGCCUGCUGCCGAAUCUGCCGCCCAGCAUGGCCGUUGCACUGCACCGCGACCCGGCGGCGGCGGCGCUGCUCAGCCAGCACCAGCAGCAGCAGCAUCACCUGCAGCAGCUGCACCUCCAGCAGCAGCAACAGCAGCAGCAACAGCAGCAGCAACAACAUCACUUGCAUCAGCAGCAGGUGGCGGCAGCGCAUCAUGGGAUGCCGCACAAGUCCGGUUUCGGUGCCAGUUCCAUGGCGGCGGCCAGUGCCGCCUCCACAUCCGCAUCAUCCUCCUCCUCCCACCAGCAUUCGCACUCGCAUCCGCAUUCCCAUUCACAUUCGCAUGGGGAGAAGCUGCUCCAAAAGAAGGGCAGUCCUCACCGCAGCGAAACGCCGCGCCUGCACUCGCCUUUGGGCGAUUUGGGGCUCGAGAUGUCCAGCUACAAGCGGGAGUUCUCGCCCAGCCGCCUCUUUGCCGACGAUCUGGCGGAGUUGGUGGGUGCCAGCGUCUCCUCCUCAUCAUCGGUGACGCAAGGCGCCGCAGGGGGAGGAAAUUCCGCGGCCAUUGGAGAGACUCCCAGCUCCAGUUCAAGCGGUGGCAUCAAAGUGGAACCCAUCACCACUAAUAGCGAGUAGCAAGUGACGAGUAGCGAGUGUCGAGUGGCGAGUGACGAGUGACGAGUGACGAGUAGCUAAUGAAAGAGUAUGGAAAUGAUACAGAAAAUUAAUGAACAGAAAAAGCAAUCAAAAGAGCGAAACAACUAAAAUCAGAACAAGAAAAAAAAACCCCCAUAAGGGAUGAAUCUCUCGCCAGCGAGUGGGAGAGACUACCCUCUUGACACAUAUAUAAAUAUAUACAUACAUAUAUAUAUUUGUAUUUGUAUUCCUCUAGUUUUCUUCUACAACAAACAAAAACAAAACUCAAACUUCGCCCUUAGGUUCUAGCCGUACGUUUAUUGAAUCAAAAUUCAAAGUAUUAUUAUGUUAUAGUCCAUCGGAUAAAUAGCGAUCUCUUUAGUUUGUAAGCCCCCAAAAAAACGUCCGAAGGAGUCCGGAACAUUCCACUACAAAAACAAAUCAGAAGAAAUUUCCCUACAACAAAAAUCCACACAGCAAACAUUUUAACUACAACAACAAAAAUAAUAGUAAUUUUAAAUGUAAAACUAAAAGUAUAACGUAACAUAACGAGAUUUUUUUAACGAAAUAAUUGUGUGCCCGACUUUUGUGUUUAGUCUUUAAUUAAUUUAAAAAAAAAAAAAAUGAGAAA